AUUGUGAAGGGGUUUUAUCUCGUACAUCCACAUUUCGCGCGAUAUAUCCUGCCUUUGGAAUUAGGAUAUAACAUUUACAUAAUGGGUAGAACUUCAAGAAAGCGUCAUCAAAAGAAGAAGCUAUAUAUUAAAGAAAAAGCAGAAAGUGAAGAAGAUAGUCUGGUGCAUCUUAAAUCUUGGCUAUUAACAAAAAACUGUUUAUCAGUUUACGACUUAGUUCCAUUCAAUUUUCUUGUUACUGGCAGGGGUUUGAAAACAUUGAAGGAUAUUAAGCCCAAUGAUGUACUGAUUGAACUGCCUUAUGAAAUACUAAUAACAACAUCUGUAUUGUCUCAGAGCAACUGUUGCAGUGGGAAUGUAAUUGAUCGCGCACAGAAAAAAAAGAGUAUACUACAGUCGAAGUCUCUCUUGCCGUCGUUAAAAUUUCCAUGGGUAUUUCCGGAAUUCAUCGGUGGGAAGUCGGUCCAGCAGAAACGGGAUUGUUUCCAUCCCGGUGUAACUACCUUAAGUCGUGAAGGUAUCGAAUUUCAAGAGAAAGAAUCGGUUACAUCUUCGAAUAUGAUUAAAGCAAUGCUUAGAUAUAUAUGGCCAAGAGACGAUCCUGACAUCCGAAGAAGAGUUAAAGUAGCUGUUAGCUUGCUCGUUGGUGCAAAAGUCUUAAACGUUGCUGUCCCUUUUAUUUUUAAGUAUGCAAUAGACACCCUUAACACUCAGCACGCAGCAAAUACUGGUCACGCUCUCCUAAGUUUAGACACUGCACCAGAAACAGUUGCUACUGUGGCUACGUCAUUACUUGUUGGAUAUGGUAUUGCACGGGCCGGAGCGGCUGGAUUUAGUGAAUUGCGAAACGCUGUAUUUGCAAAAGUUGCGCAACAUUCAAUUCGACGAAUAGCUAAUAAUGUAUUUUUACAUUUGCAUAAUUUAGAUAUGGCCUUUCACUUAAGUCGACAAACUGGAGCAUUAUCCAAAACAAUAGAUAGAGGAAGCCGUGGUAUAAAUUUCGUAUUGAACGCUAUGGUAUUUAAUGUUGUACCAACUGUCUUCGAAUUGUCAUUAGUCAGUACAGUCUUGUAUUUACAAUGCGGUAGUGAAUAUGCGACUAUUGCCCUUGGCUGCGUUGGAAUUUACGCUUUAUUCACGUUGGCUGUUACUCAAUGGCGAACGAAAUUUCGAAUGUACAUGAAUCAGGCUGAGAACGAAGCAAGCAACAAGGCGAUAGAUUCGCUUAUCAAUUAUGAAACAGUAAAGUAUUUUAAUAAUGAAAGAUUCGAGAUUCAAAGAUACGAUGAAUCUUUAAAAAAAUAUGAAGCUGCAUCACUUAAGACGAGUACCAGUUUGGCGAUGUUAAAUUUUGGACAAAAUGCUAUAUUUAGCGCGGCUCUCAGUUUAAUAAUGGUGCUAGCGUCUAAUAAUAUAGUCGAGGGUUCCAUGACAGUAGGAGAUUUAGUGAUGGUGAACGGACUUUUGUUCCAAUUGUCAGUUCCCUUGGGAUUCCUGGGUUCGGUCUAUCGUGAAGUUAGACAAGCGUUAAUCGACAUGCAAACAAUGUUUACUUUAAUGACGAUGGAUACUGCUAUUAAGUCUAAAGAAAAUGCUACACGUUUCAACAUAACGUCAAAGAAUUCGGAUAUCGAGUUUAAGAAUAUUAAAUUUCAAUACAUCGAGGGAAAACCUAUUUUUAAAGAUAUGACUUUCAACAUUUCGAGUGGUAAGAAGAUUGCCAUUGUCGGAGGCUCCGGUUGUGGUAAAACAACGGUAGUGAGAUUACUAUAUCGCUUUUUCGAACCACAAUCAGGAGGUAUUUUCAUAAACGGACAUAACAUACGAGAUAUUGACUUGGAAAUCUUAAGAAAGUCAAUAGCAAUCGUCCCUCAGGAUACCGUUCUGUUCCAUGAAAGUAUAUUUUACAAUCUUCAUUAUGGUAAUUUAUGUAAGUCUAAGGAGGACGUUUAUGAAGCUGCGAAAAUGGCAAAUUUACACGAGUCUAUUCUUACAUGGCCGAAAGGAUACGACACGCCUGUAGGAGAGCGUGGUCUAAAAUUGAGCGGUGGUGAAAAACAGCGAGUAGCGAUCGCUAGAGCGAUUUUAAAAAAUAGCCCGAUAUUAAUUUUUGACGAAGCCACGUCGUCCCUAGAUUCCAUCACAGAACACAACAUUCUUGAGGCAUUACGCAGAGCAACCACUGGCCGAACAUCCAUUGUCAUAGCCCAUCGCUUGCCUACGGUUAUGGAUUCAGAUGAAAUUUUGGUAUUAGACAAAGGUUGCUUAAUCGAGAGAGGAACGCACGAUUCCUUACUAGCUACGCCAAAUUCGUUUUAUAACAAACUCUGGGAAACGCAACAUAUAGGAAUGAUUAAGUCUCAAGAAAAAAAUAAUAAUGUUAGAGGUCCAGGAGUUUAAUACGCAGAUAACAAUUAUCUGUACAACGAUGAAUAUGAAAUGAGCAAAUCUAAUACUGAAAUAUAGUAAAAAAGAGAAGUCAUUAUUUAUAUUACUGUAUCCUGUGUGGUAUAAGUAGCGCCAGAAAAUGAUACGAGUAAUGAUAUUAACGAAAAACUUGUAAUAUAGCGAUGCAUGUGCGGUGCGCAUGUUUAUUUAUAUGAUAAUAAAUUAUAUAUAUAUGUA